AUGGCGGGCGCGGUGCGGCAGCCUAUCGACGAGAAGGCGUUUGGAAAGUUUCUUGAGGAAAAUCAACUCAUAGAACGAGAGAAAGUUGGAAUCGAGCACAAAAAGCUAACCUGGCGUGUUGGCCUACAGUUCGGCUUUGGUCAAUCCAACCCAACAUACCAAAUCACCGACGCCUCCGGCCACCGCUAUGUGAUGCGCAAAAAGCCCCCCGGAAAGCUCAUCUCCAAGACAGCCCACAAGGUUGAGCGCGAGUACCGCGCGCUGCACGCCCUCGAAGCCACCGACGUGGCCGUGCCCAAGACGUACUGCCUCUGCGAGGACGACUCGGUGAUUGGCACGCCGUUUUACAUCAUGGAGUUUCUGGACGGGCGCAUCUUUGAGGAUUUUCUGAUGCCCGAGAGUAAGAGCGCGGAUGAGAGGACGGCGCUGUGGAAAGAGGCUAUUCAGACGCUGGCGAGGCUGCACGCCGUGGAUGUGAAGAAAGUUGGGCUGGACAAGUUUGGCAAGGCAAAGGGGUUUUAUAGCAGGCAGACGCAGACGUGGGCGACGAUUUGCAUUAGCCAGAGCAAGGCGGUGGAUGUCGAGACGAAGGAGCCGGUGGGACAGUUGCCGCAUUUUGAUGAGCUGGUGGGAUUCUUUAAGAAUGAGAGGUUGCAGCCGAAGGAUAGGGCGACGCUGGUGCAUGGGGAUUACAAGAUUGACAAUCUGGUUUUUCACAAGACGGAGCCUCGGGUGAUUGGUAUCCUGGACUGGGAAAUGUCCACGAUCGGCCACCCCCUGUCCGACGUCUGCAACUUCAUCACGCAGUUCUACCUCGCCCGCUCGCCCGGCACGUCGGCCUCGAGCAGCAGCUCCGGCUUCCUGCCCGGCGCGACGCCCGGCCUGCCGCAGCCGCAAGACAUCCUGCAGUGGUACACGGAGAUUUCCGGCUACGACCCGCGGCCGGAGCUCAGCUGGGGCGCGGCGUUCAACAUCUUCAAGCUGGCGGGCGUGUGUCAGGGGAUUGCGGCGCGGGUGGCGGCGCGGCAGGCGAGCAGUGCCAAGGCGAAGCACCAUGCGGAUACGAGGGGGUUGUUGGCGGAGUUUGCGUGGGUGUUGGCGCAGGAGGCGAGGGAUUCUGCGCAGGCGGAGGCGAAGCUGUGA